UUUUGUGACCCUAUAUAUGGGUCUGAAUCUUCGUUCCCAAUUUUUCCUUCUCCUUCUUUUCUUCCCCAAUUUUCCGAAAUGGAGAGUUACAAAACCCUAGAGAUUAUCCAGGAGAAGGAAAAUUCAACGGUGUUUCACCUCUUCCUCAAUCGACCAUCGAAACGCAACGCUCUCUCACCGGAAUUCUUCUCCGAAUUUCCCAGAGCCCUCUCGUCCCUCGAUCAUAACCCUAACGUCAACGUCGUCGUUCUCUCUGGAACCGGAGACCACUUCUGCAGCGGAAUCGACCUUAAAUCGCUAAACACCUACGAAAGUUUCCUUUCUGGAGACCGCGGUCGUGUCGGGGAGAGGUUCCGGCGACACAUCAAGGGUUUGCAAGAUGCCAUAACGGCGAUCGAACGGUGCCGAAAACCGGUGAUUGCUUGUAUCGAGGGAGCAUGUAUCGGCGGUGGGAUUGAUAUUGUGACGGCAUGUGACAUUAGGUUUUGCACUAAAGACGCAUACUUCUCGGUAAAGGAGGUCGAUUUGGCCAUCGUAGCUGACAUUGGGACGCUCCAGAGGUUGCCAAGCAUCGUCGGGUACGGAAACGCUGUGGAAUUGGCCUUGACUGGUCGGAGAUUUUUGGGUCCGGAGGCGAAGCAGUUGGGCUUAGUUUCUAGAGUAUUCAAUUCCAAGCAAGAACUAGAAGAGGGAGUGAGAAUUGUAGCCGAAGGAAUUGCUUCAAAAUCUCCUUUAGCUGUGACUGGGACGAAAGCAGUGUUACUACGAAGCAGGGACCUGAAUUUGGAACAAGGGUUAGACUAUGUUGCUACCUGGAAUUCGUCCAUGAUGUUAUCUGAUGAUUUAAAAGAGGCUGUCUCUGCUCAAUUACAGAAAAGAAAACCAAAAUUUUCCAAGCUAUGAUGAAUUAAAACUCUCACUUUGGUGAGAUGAGACCACUCAUGAUUGUGGAGGAGCAAUACGUCGCCCUUUUGGCUAGCUCCUAUUGAGGGUAAGAGAAGGCCGGAACUUAUACAUACAAAUCAAAUGCUAUGAUGAGCUUAAAUGAGCCCAACGAUUGAAGUUGAGGUUUUCGUAUAGCAAAGGGGACAAGUGGAGAGGAAGGGAUUAAUUCGUUUACGUCAAGAAAUUGUCGUUGAUUUUAUGACAUUGUCGUAUUUUCUCUUGCUGUCAUUUUCUUCUCUCUUGUCGUUUUUUCUUAAGAAGUUUUACCACGCGUCCGUAUGAGGGGUGUCGUGUCACCCCCUUGAUUUGUUGUCGUUUUUUCACGGUGUUGCUGAUUUUAUAGAUGUUGUCGUUUUGUUGUGUUGUCCAACUUGUGGUUUGUCGGGUAUUGUGUUGGACAAGUUGAACUUAAAAAAAUCCCUAAUAUGUGGCAGUCGUUUAUUAGAAAACUUUCGUUUCUAAUGUUGUUAUCUGUACUUUUUUUUUUCAUCGUUUCGAUACAGCGUUCGGUUCUUCACGUAAUUACGUCGUUUUUUUUGCUGAACGUGUUCAUAGGUUGAUGUCGUUGAUAUUGGACACAGUCGUUUAUUAGAUAUUAUAUGGUUUUUCAUAGGUUGAUGUCGUUGAUAUUGGACACAGUCGUUUUCAAAUCCUGUUAUUGGUUAAGGUGAUUUUACCUGACUAACUUGUGUCUGAAGGAAAUUAUAGCCAUGAUUGUGUCA